AUAAAUGGUUUUGCUAUUUUGGUUAUAUUUAUUUGUUUUUCUCUCAUACCACGUAAGGGUUUCCUCCACAGUGUAGCUACUCAUUUCCUAUCCAGCUAGGAACUUCGCAUUAACGUGAGGUGUUAUACACCGAGUUUGUAGUCUCUUGCGAAUUCCGUAUCCCAAGGGGCUGCAAAUAAACUGCGCUACUCUGCUUGCGUAGCUUCUGUGCUGUGUUGUUCCCUGUUACAGUAUCACUACCAUCAUGGCUGCUCCGUCCGUGGGCUGGGUGUAUAAAUGUUCUAAGAGCGAGCUGCUGCAGCACUUUGAGGACAACGGCCUUGUCUACGAGCCUUCCGAGACCGUGGCGGACUUGCGCGCCAGGCUCGUAAAGUUCGUCCGGACGUCAUGGGACGCGGCGAGUGCGGACUCUCCUCUGCCCGCUCCCGUUAGCCCAUACUGCAUUGACACCGGCAUCCCCUCCCUCCUUGCCCGUCCUCUGGCGUGCGUGCGAGCUUCAGUGCGAGUCAAGCUGUUUAUCCUCAACCUGGGGCAGGGCCCGCCCCAGCUGACGUCAUCGAAGAGGAUAGCUGCCUUCCUUGUUCCCGGCGUGCUGUAG